UCGAUAUUUUCAAAUUGCUGUAGCAACAACGACGCGCUGUUUAGAGCCAUUAUUUGUAUUUGUGUUUAUAAAUUGUAAAUUAAAAUCAAAUGGAGUCCCCCGUGGCUAAAAAUAUUGCAGAGUGCUUGGGUGGUGAAAAAUUAGAGUUAUUCCGAAAGCUAAAUCUCCUCGAACAGCAUCGAGUGGAGAGCUUCAAAAGUUGGCCAUUCCCAGAUACCGCUUCCUGCAGCAUUGCCAAGAUGGCAGAGGCGGGAUUCUAUUGGACGGGCAACAAGCGUGAAAAUGACACGGCAACUUGCUUUGUUUGUGGGAAAACCCUUGAUGGUUGGGAAGCCAAAGAUGAUCCAUGGUGGGAGCACCAAACACAUGCACCUCAAUGCGAGUUCGCAAAGCUAUCGUGUGCGGAAAAGGAUUUAACUGUCUCGCAAUUUCUUGAAAUACUUGGACUCGUUGCUAAAUGCAGCAUGGGGAAGACCUGCAAGGGCUUCAAAACGAGCUUUGUGCGGGAGAACGAGGACCGUCUAAAAGAGUAUACGCAAAAUCAAAAAUAACUAAUUUUUAAACUAAUAAAUUAAAUUUUAAAUGCUAUUUAUAAAGAAUUUUUAAUAAAACGAAAUGUUAAAGCCAACACGAAUAAGAUAAA